CCCGGGACGCCGCGUAGCUGGGCUGCUGGGCCAGCGGAAGCGGCUGGCGGAGAGCGGCAGGCUGUGACUGGGGUUGUCUGGGGUGCUGGUCAGGGUUAGGAGACGCAGGCAUGCUGCGUCCCAAGGCUUUGACGCAGGUGCUAAGCCAAGCCAACACCGGAGGAGUCCAGAGCACCCUGCUACUGAAUAACGAGGGAUCGUUGCUGGCCUACUCCGGUUAUGGGGACACAGAUGCCCGGGUCACCGCGGCCAUCGCCAGUAACAUCUGGGCCGCGUAUGACCGGAACGGGAACCAAGCGUUUAAUGAAGACAAUCUCAAAUUUAUCCUCAUGGACUGCAUGGAGGGCCGUGUAGCCAUUACUCGGGUGGCCAAUCUUCUGCUAUGUAUGUAUGCCAAGGAGACUGUGGGCUUCGGAAUGCUCAAGGCCAAAGCCCAGGCCCUGGUGCAGUACCUGGAGGAUCCCCUCACCCAAGUAGCAGCAUCAUAGUAGUGUGAUGGACGCUGGGGUCAAAGAAGGGGGGGGUGGUGGUUGGGGGAGCAGGACCACUUACAGGAAGGUGGUACUUUGGCUUUUUCCAAAUAAAUUUCAAUUCUUGUCUUGUG